AUGUCAAGCACAUCCUCGUCUAUUUCUUCUCCUCAACAAGUUCAGUCUCGAACUUGUAAGUGUGGAUUGAUUGCAAGAUAUUUUACUGCUACGACUCCUGAGAAUGGUGGACGUCGAUUCUACAAAUGUCGUCUUCCUGCGUCAAACUUUUGCGGUUAUUGGGAUUGGAUUGAUGAUAAACUGCCACCUCAUAAAGUUUCUACGUUGGAGGAUAAAGUGUCAAUGUUGGAGUUGAAGAGUGGUCUCGAAAUUUCAAAUUUGAAGAAAGUGGAAACCUUGGAGUUGAAAGUUCACAAAUUGAUAAGCUUGCUUCUAAUGUCUUGGGCUGUUAUUGUUGGUUUUGUAAUUGCCAAGAUAAUGUAG